AUGAAUCCUUGGCUCCAUCUUCUUCACUUUGUGCUGGUCAUUGCCUCCUGCAGUGCUGCUCCAGCAGAAGCCUUUGCUUACCUGGCUUACAAUGACAGCUCCCAGUGCGUCGCCUACGAAGCCAAACCUGCAUGCUUUGGGCCACAGCUCCCAGCAGAAGAGCUGACAGUGUAUUUGAUGGAGGUGAGGCCACCCAAAGCUUGCCAUGCCAUAGAGAAUCCUCCAGCACCAAGAACAGCCUCUGAGAUCUAUGUGGCCCUCAUAAAGGCAGGUGAGUGCUCUUUUGUCCAGAAGGUCCUUCACGCCCAGCAGGCUGGGUACCAAAUCGCUGUGGUGCACAACGUGGGCUCCGAGCAGCUGAUCACCAUGAGGGCUGAGGACAAAGAGAUGGAGCAGCUGGUGAAGAUCCCAUCGCUCUUCACUGGACAAUCAGCCUCCCUGCACUUGCAAAGAGUUUUGCAGUGCAAGAAAGGGGAAUACAUCCAACUUCUGCCCCCCAAACGUGGCCUGAGUGCUUGUGAAGACAGCGUCAAAACGCUGCAGGGGAGGCCCACCUGGCAGGGCUUCUGGGUCAGGCUCUGCAUCGUGCCUGCUGCUAUCUCAGUUGUGGUUGGCUUCACGUGGUACAAGAGGGCUCACAAGACAAAGCAGCCCACUUACAGGCAGGGAGAUCUGUACAAGGCCUGUAUGCUCUGCAUGGCAAAGUACAAGAAACAGGAUGCCCUGAAGAUGAAGAUCCUGCCCCCUUCCCUCACCUCCCACACGGUGACCACAGUGGCUGAGCAUUCAGAGGAGGGCAUGGAAAUGGAGCUGAAGAAAGAUGUGAGCAUAGUGGGAGGGGAGUUGCUUGGUGCACUGGAGACCAAUGUCCUUUGA